AUCACAUCACAAUCAAACAAUCAACCAUCCAUUUAUUCAAUCAAACAAUCAAACGAUCAAUCAUCACCUGCGACCGAUGAUGACGACAACGAUGACAAACCUGAAGCGUGUCCAGCCGUCACCAACAACUACCUUUUGCUUCUUACCUCUUUUCCCCAUCAACCAAACCAAACCAAACCAACC